CAGUAAUGAGUUGAUUGCGGCUUGCAACAGAAUGGAAUCAAUUGAGUACGAUAAAGAAUUAAAACUUCAGGAUGAAUUCCAAGAGAUUCCUCCUCCUCCGCCUCUUCCACCGCAGCCCCAAGUAUAUCAGUCCAUUGCAAAGCGAAAUCAAUUUAUGGAUCGUAAGGAUUGUUAUGAGUGUCAACAAAAAAUCGCUCAGAGUACGAUGACUUGCGAAGACUACCAAAUUUGGAAACGAGGUAGAGGGUGUGUCGUGAGAUAUUGCGAAACUUGUGCAUUAAAACUAUAUUAAACUAAAGUCUAGCCUAAAACUCGAAAUAAAAAAAUAUAUUUCUGAUUAAAAUGUUCGCAAGAAAGAGAUUCUGAUCCGCCCGAUUUCGUACUAUCUCAGUAGUACCUCUUUUAAACAUUAUUAAUAUUGCGUGGAGGGGAAGGGAGUUCAAUAAGUCAUAUAAUUACAAUAUCAACAUGCAGCCGGCGGCCAGAUUACAUUGCUCUGAAAUAAGAACAGUCGGUUCUUGCAGUACGAACAGAAAUGUCGGAUGAUUUGAGCUGUCCCAACUGCGAUUCGAAGUCCAUAAUCAGGAAAAGAUACUUGGCCAUACCACGAAUGAAAAAGUUUAAGAUGGAUUUCUGCGCUUUAUGCUGCGGACGGCGAUACUGUGGAGUUGGAAUUUAUAAAACCGUUUUCAAAUGUCGAUCCUGUGGCUGGAAGGGCAAUCCCAACCCUUCACACUGAGAUGCGCGCGUCAUAGAUGAAAAACAGGUCGCGACAUAAUGUUAAAAUUAAUAUGUAGUCAGCUUUUGUAUUUUCCGUUUUCCACUAAAAAGCUGUUUAAGUAUAAAAAAAAUAGCCAGCAAUUGAAAAGCUCUGAGAAAACAAAUUAUAUAUCAAACAAAACCACCUCUUUAAAAGGUAAAAAUCUAGUGACGAUCGCACUUCCAUUCGCCCACCGUCAGCAAAAUAUUUAAACUAUAAAAUUAAAAAAAUUCGUUUGGCAUAUCUUAAAUGCCUUAAAAUCGUACCAUCCUAUUGUACAAUGUUCAUAUUUACAGAUUCUGAAAUAUAUGUAUGAUUUUAAAUGCAA